AUGGCUGCGCUGGUCGAGUUUCUGCACGAGGCGAUCGACAUGCACGAGGCGACACCUCGAGCUGGCGCCUCCUUCCCCUGUGACCUCGUGGCUCAGUCUUGCGGAGAGCACCUCUCGGGAGGCUCCGUUGCCUUGGUACAGGUCUCCGGCCGCUUGCGCGUCUCCCGCGUGCCUGGCACGCUGCGCAUCUCGGCGCAGUCGCACCUGCACUCCUUCGACCCGCUCUCGAUGAACGUGACGCACCACGUCGACUCCUUCCUCUUCCUCGAGCCGGGAGACGACGCGGGAGAGCGGCUGCACCUCUCCGACGCGGCUCCCUACCGGAGGGCGCUCGUCUGCCCCGACGCAGGCGGCCACGGCGUCGGCGAGUCUCAGCUCCGCAGGGAGACUUUCGUGAUGCACCGGCAGGCAACCACCCUAAAGCACUUCCUCAAGGUCGUGCCCACCCGCAGCGUGAUGCGCGCCGCGCCGGCGCCGCUCGACUCGUACCAGUACUCGACCACUUUCAACGAGUUUUCUCCGCACGAGGCGAAGCUCGCGAUGCACGUGGCGGGCGAGGACCUCGAGCCGCGCGCCUUGGUGCCGCAGACGGUCUUCAGCUACGACAUCUCGCCGCUGCGGGUCGUGCACAGGCAGGCGGUCGGCUCGUUCGGCGACUACCUGACGCAGCUCUGCGCCGUGGUGGGCGGCGUGUUCACCGUCUUUGGGCUCAUCGACAACGUCAUACACGCAGGGGUGAAGGCGGCCAAGCAGGACUAG